CAAAAAAAUCCUUUGAUCGUUGUUCGUCCAUUAUUAUUCAUGCGCUCCACCAGAGUCUAUGAAUUAAAUUCAUCGUCUAUAUAAUUCAGAGUCUAUGAAUUAAAUUCAUCGACUCUGGCGCUCCACCGUCAGGUUUCGACUGCAAAUAAAACAAAAAAUAACCUAACAGCAGCACCAUUGAGAUUGAGACAGUGAGCAGCACCCAACAACGAUGGCAGACGGAAACAGCUCCGACGAAGAUUUUCCCGACGAUUGGACUUUGUACGCGAACCGGCCGGAGUGGAGCGAUAUCGAGCCGCUGAAGCAGGAUGACGGCGAAAAUCCGGUAGUGAUGAUCCAGUACAGCGAGAAGUUCAACGAUGUGUUCAGCUACCUGAGGGCGGUCAUCUCCAAGCAGGAAAAAUCGGUGCGCGCCCUUGGGCUUACGCAAGACGCUGCGAGACUGAAUGCGGCCAAUUACACCGUGUGGCAGUACAGGAGGGACAUUCUGAAGGCGUUGAAUUUCAAUCUGUACGACGAACUGGACUACAUCGAGGGGGUGAUUGAGGAUAAUCCGAAAAAUUACCAAGUUUGGCACCACCGCCGUGUCAUUGUGGAGUGGUUGAAUGACCCCUCGAAGGAGCUGGAGCUGACCGAGAACAUUCUGAACAUGGAUGCGAAGAAUUACCAUGCCUGGCAGCACCGCCAGUGGGCUAUCAAGACAUACGAUCUCUUCGAAGAUGAGUUGCAGUACGUGGACCGGCUCAUUUCGGAAGAUAUGCGUAAUAAUUCGGCAUGGAACGAGCGCUUUUUCGUGCUCAAGCACACCGGAUUCAGUGCAGAUGUACUGGAACGGGAGAUAAACUACGUCAUGAAUCGCAUUCGGCUCAUCAAAAACAACGAGAGCCCGUGGAACUUCCUGCGGGGACUGCUUCAGCAGGGUGACGGCAAGCUCGGUCAGUUUCCGGAGGUGGUCGAAUUCUGCGAGGAUCUGUACGAUUCCGGCAUUCGAUCGCCGUAUCUGUUGGCAUUUUUGGUUGACCUGUACGAGGAGAAGUACUUCGAGACCAAGCAGGCCGGUAACGAUCCGGAUGAGUACAAGGUCAAGGUGCAGGACCUGUGCGAAUCGAUGGCCACCCAGCACGAUAAGAUCCGAUGCAAAUACUGGCGGUACAUUGUGGAGAACUUCAGGAGGAAGAUCGAUGCCGAAGGAAACCAAAAUGGACUGUAAGGUCGUUUUUUUAUGUCUACUUAAGUACCACAUAUUCAAUCAAAAUUUAAUGAAGCUUUGAAAUGAUAA